AUGAUAGAUGUGAUUCUAUGCCAGGAUCAGAACGCUUUGCUGAGUUACGAGGCGAUCCGUAGCAUCCACAAACUGAUGGACGAUGAUGCCGAUGGAGCCGUGGACAUGAGCGAGACAGACGGGGUGAGAUACACACAUAACAAUGCACACACACACACAUCCACACACAAACACACUGUACUCUCUCUGAAGGUCAGGGCCACAUUAAAACUCAAGGCUGUUUUAUCGAGAGGUGUCAGUUUCCUGGACUCCAAAUUAGAUGAAAACCAGCACUAGGGGUGGGAAUUGCCAGGGACAUCACGUUACGAUAUUACCACAAUACUUAGGUGCCGAUAUAAUAUGUAUUGUGAUUCUCAUGAUUCUAUAUGUAUUGCGAUUCGAUACUGUGAUUUUAUUGCAGUUUGAUGUUCCAAACAUAUUGCUGAGUGUACAAAACAUUAAGAACACCUACUCUUUCCAUGACGUAGAUUGACCAGGUGAAUCCAGGUGAAUGCUAUGAUUCCUUAUUGAUGUCACAGGUUUGUGUCAAGAACUGCAACAUUGCUGGGUUUUUCACACUCAACAGUUUCCUGUGUGUAUCAAGAAUGAUCCACCACCCAAAGGACAUCCAGCCAACUUGACACAACUAUGGGAAGCAUUGGAUUCAACAUGGGGCCGCAUCCCUGUGGAACGCUUUCGACACCUUAUAAAACCUGCCCCAACAAAUUGAGGCUGUUCUGAGGGCAAAAGGGGGUGCAACUCAAUAUUAGGAAGGUGUUCUUAAUGUUUUGUACACUCAGUAUAUGUCUGCUGCAGAAAGACAAGAGAAAGCAUGAGAAGUGAGUUUUGAUCAGUCAUGGAAAAAAAGUGCUCAAAACAGGUUGGCUCACUAUUUAAAAAGAAGAUGGAGAACAAGCUAUAGGAUGACAUUUUUUAUAAAUUAAAUUGAUAGUUGGAGUCAAAGUAUCUAUAUAAUAUCGGCCAAAAUAAUAUUACAAAAUGUAACUGUAUCCUCCUGCCCCCCCCCCCCCCCCCGCCUCCCUCCCUCCUUAUCCUCACACCUGUACUCUCCCCAUGAUCCCCCCAACCUCCCUGUCCCUAUGUGUCACUCCAAACCCUCUGGCAGCGCUCUGAACAGCUCUCCUAAUCCUGUGUGUUUCUUGUGUGUGUGUUUCUGUGUGUUUCUCGUGUGUGUGUGUUUUUGUGGCUGAGGAUAUGAACAGUUGUUCACAAUGUAAGGCAAAACACACAUUAGCGGUAUGUAAUUCUCUCUCUCUCUCUCUCUCUCUCUCUCUCUCUCUCUCUCUCUCUCUCUCUCUCUCUCUCAGUUCCUGAGGGAGGAUCUGAAGUACCAUGACCCCAAAGGAAAACACAACAGUUUCCAUGGAGCAGACCUGCUCAUCAGUGUAGAGGACAUGUGGAACGUAUGGAGGGCCUCGGACGGUACGGAGGGAAUGAGGGAGGUGGGUGGGAAGGGGGUAUCUGGGAGGGAGCGAAGAGGGAUUGUGGAGGAGGGAGGGUAA